CAAGGAUGAACAAAAAUUACGAUGGCAUUGAUACGGUAUCGUUUCCCGCCAGUCGGUCAAAACAUUUAUAACAGUCAAUACACUUCCUCGGUUUUCGCGCGCUUUUUAACGUCAAACGAUUGAAUUAUUGCCACAUUAGAAAAUCAAAAAGCUUCCAAUUAUAAUACAAAGUCGUUUAUUAUUUCAAGUGCAGUGUAAUUGUUGUUAUUUAAUUGUAGAAAAUGGGUAUUCGUUCGUGGUGUAUAAUUUUAUUAUGUUUGAAUAAUUUAUUUGAAAGUGAAAGUCAAUUUCGUUUACCUGAAUCUUAUAAAUCUGUGCCAAAUUUAAUCAGAGCUGCAGGCUACCCAGCAGAAGAGCAUCGAGCAUUGACACCAGACGGCUAUGUAUUACAACUGCACAGGAUACCGAAAGGAAGAGCGUUGCCCAGGUCCUCUGACGUCAAUAAGAGAGCCGUGCUCAUAGUACAUGGUGUUUUCGGAUGCAGUAGCAACUUUAUUCUGAUGGGUCCAGGGAAGAGCUUAGGUUUCAUGCUCGCAGACGCGGGUUAUGACGUGUGGUUGGGCAACUUGCGAGGGAAUCGCCACACCGCACACCUCAAUUUAACCAGAAGCAAUCCAAAGUUUUGGGACUACAGCUUCCAUGAGCACGGCAAAUACGACGUACCAGUUCUGAUAGACAAAGUGCUGGCCGUCACAGGGCAGUCUAGCCUGCUGUACAUCGGGCACUCCAUGGGCACUACGAGCUUCUUCAUCACGGCCGCCCUCAGGCCGGAGUACAACGAUAAAGUGGUAGCGUUCAUUGGUCUGGCACCAGCGGUAUACUUCGACCAUAUGAAGUGGCUUGCUGACUUCCUUUUGAAGAGUCUUAAAAUUGUGAACUGGCUACGUGAGCGAGGCUUCAUGACAUUAGGGUUGCCGCCCACUCUCAUGGAUCUGUUCGUACGUGGUAUGUGCUCCACCAAAACCCCGCGGGAUAACUUCUGCGUGUUCAUGAUGCAAAAUCUCGUCGGUGAGAACUUUGAUCAAGUCGAUCCGAAUAUAACAACACAAAUGAUGACACGUGUACAGCCGGCAUCAUGGCGGCAGUUUGAGCAUUACGGGAAGAUCGCUUUAACAAGUGUGUUUACGUCGUUGGAAGAUGGAGUACUUGGGGAGGCGAAACCAUACAAUUUAUCCAAUAUUAGAGUGCCAGUCACACUAUUAUAUGGAGAAAAUGAUCAAAUUGCUGAGAAAUCUCAAGUGAUGCGUCUAGCUCGUGAGCUGAACAACACAGGCAUGUUGGAGCAAGUGGAAUCAGCAUGCACUUCGCCCAAAUUCAAUCAUGUUGAUUUCCUAUUCGCUAAGGAUAUAGCUCCAUUAUUCAACAAGCCAUUAGUGCAACAAGUUGAAAAACUUUACAAUAAAUAUUCCUACCGAUGAAUAUAAGUGUUGUAUGUAUCUUUAUUCCAAGGCUGUGAAUUAUAUAUGGAAUAACUAAUAUUAUAAAUGCGAAAAUUUAGAUGGAUGGAUCGAUGUUUGUUAGAGUAUGUAGCCUUAACAGCUGAACGGAUCUAGAUAAAAUUUGUAGAAGAAAAAGAUGUAGACAUCUAUGCCAAAUUUUAUCUAGAUAGAUUAUAUUCUAACAUAAUAAGUUUUUUAAUUCUACGCAGACGGAGUCGCGGGCGAAAGCUAGUAUGGAAUAAAGUAGAACAUGUUUUGUCUAAGUUAUUGUAAUGUGACAAUGUUUUAAAAACAUUUUUAUGUUUUAAAUGUUUUCUGUUUUAAUAAAAUUUUCUUUUUAAGUAUGAUGUCAACAAGUUAACAUUAAUCUUAUUUAACUAAAUUAUAAAUAAAAUAUUAUUUUAGAAAUCAAUA